AUGAGGCGUAUCCACGCUCCGACGAUAGACCAAGCAUGGAUAGACUUUUCUUGUCAGCAACGGCUCAGCAUCGCGGAAGAAGUGGCGCAGUACACUGCUCUCGUGGCCACCAAGACAAGCAACCACUUGCAAACCGUUUCGGGCCGUGGAGUGUGCAUUCCAUCCCUGAUGCAAGGACAUCCUCAAGAGAGCCCAAUACACCACUGGUUCCCUCGCACCGUUGGACCUAUGUCCUCCGUUCAGUACCGGGCCUACAUGAAGAGCAUAUCUAGCCACCUGCCUCCUGAGUUCGCCGAUGACCUCGUCCUCUACCACGAUGACCAAGGUCCCACUAACAUUUCGAUCUCAAACGAUGGCAAUAGCGUUGCUACGAUCAUAGACUGGGCCAACGUGGCGUACCUUCCACGCUUCUGGGUGGCUACCGCACCGCUCACCGUUGCCGGCUUCAUGUUGGAGGACGACAAACCUCCCAUGAGCGCACGGGGCGGCUGGGGCAGAAUGUUAUCAACGGCGUUGACGGCGCAAGGAUUCCAGGAGUGUGUUCCUGAGUACCGUGCUUGGAUCAACAAGGUGUUCAAGAGCGAUACUGCAAAAGAUCUCGCAGAAUGGGUUACACGAACCCUUCCCUUCCCUCUUUUCCUCCAUCAACAACGCAUUCUGCGUUACUCCACCAACGCACCUUUCGCUAGCAAGAAGACCAGAUAA